AUGGUAGCACCCAUUCUGUUGACGAAAGGAACGCUGCUGAUCCAUGAUCAUGACGUCAUUCGCGCUGAGCGAAAAGACCUCCUCAUCGAAAACUCGAUCAUCUCGCAGAUCGACAAUAACAUAGAUCCUCCACAGUCUGCGACGGUCAUAGACUGCUCUGGAAAUAUCAUCUCACCUGGUUUUGUUGACACUCAUCACCAUGUUUGGCAGACCUGUCUGAAGGGAACCCAUGCCGAUCAGACACUGGUGGAUUAUUUUUGGGACGGAAACUUCAUCAGCUCAUUUCUGUCACCCCAGUACGUGUUUUGGAGUCAGCUGGCAGGGGCUCUGGAAUGUGUGGAAAGCGGAAUGACGACGGUAGUGGACCAUGCCCACAUUAACUAUUCAUCUGAACAUUCUACCAAGGCAUUAAGAGCGACCAUUUCGUCUGGUCUGCGGUCUGUCUUCGCCUAUUGCCCAACUCCUCGCAUAGCCACUUGGAAACCAGAGUUUACUCUCGACAGAGACUUUCUGCCUCCGUGGGUGAUGGAAACAUUCGAAAAAUUGGCCGAACUGAACCCAUUGGGACCAAAUGGUCGCGUUAGCCUUGGUUUCGCUUUUGACGGCCUCUUCCUUCCCGGACCUAUGCUGAAAAGCCUAUAUUCAAAGGUGCGGGAGGCAGGGGCUCGGUUGAUCACAUCGCAUUCAGUUUACGGUGCCCAGUUUGGCGCUCGAAACCAAACCUCUGCGGCCGAAACACUCGACAAGAAUGGUCUCUUGGGCCCGGACAACCUAUUAUCCCACAACAACAAUCCAACCUCACAGGACGCGCGACUUGUUACGGAAAACCAGGUCAAAAUCUCCAGCACACCAGGGACAGAGCUUCAAAUGGGCCAUGGAAACCCAGUCUGCCUGCGAGAUAAUCUCUACCCGUUAUCAUCUCUCGGAAUCGACUGUCAUAGUAACAAGUGGUCUAGUGACGUUGGAUUCAGCGCAUCUGCAGUUUUCAAGCUUGGUACGAUCCUCGGUGCGCGCGCAAUUGGUAUGGAAGAUAGCAUUGGGAGUUUAGCGGUAGGGAAGAAGGCCGACAUUGUGGUUUUCGACUGCGAUACUCUCGACGUCAAUACUGUGACUAUUGACGGGGUCAUCAAGAAGAAGGAUGGCAUUUUGAUGCCAGUGCUUGCUCCGGAAAGCAUCUCUGAGAAGGUUGAUCGGGGAGAAAAGAUUGAAUGGAAGGAGAUCAUCCCGCAUGUCAUCGAGCUAAGUCAGCGGAUUGAUGAACAGAAUAAAACUACCGGCGAUGGGAAAGCUGCCAAGAAAGCCAUUAUGACAGCUUUCCAUAUGAAAUCUGAAGGUCAUGUUGGGGAUGUCUAA